GAUUUAAAGAGGAUUAGAUCUGAGAAAAUAAAAACGCCACAACCAGCUGGGUGCUCCUCAUCACGUUCAGGUAAAAUGUCUUUCCAGUCAGAGAAGGACCUUUCCUGUCCAAUCUGCUUUGACAUCUUCAAAGAGCCCGUUGUGUUGUCCUGCAGCCACAGCUUCUGCAAAGACUGUCUGCAGAGGUGGUGGUCUGAGAGGCAGAAAGAAAGCUGCCCGCUUUGUAAGGAGAUUUCUUCAUUCAGAUCUCCGCCCUGUAACUUGGCCUUGAAGAACCUGUGUGAAACCUUCACCCUGGAAAGGAAGAAGAAAGCCCUGAAAGGACCAGAGCGUCUCUGCAGCGUUCAUGCAGAGACACUCAAGCUGUUCUGCUUGGAUCACCAGCAGCCAGUUUGUCUCAUCUGCAGGGAUUCCAAAGCACACAGCAACCACAGGUUCAGACCGGUCGAGGAGGCCGCACAGGAUCACAGGGAGGCCCUGCUGAGGAUCCUAAAACCUCUGAAGAAGAAACUGAAGCUCCUAAAACAAGCCAAAGGAAGCUGUGACGAGACAGCAGAAUACGUCAAGAUCCAGGCCAAACACACGGAGGGACGCAUCAGGAAGCAUUUCAGCAGGCUUCACCAGCUUCUGGAGGAGGAAGAGGAUGUCAGGAUUGCUGCUCUGAAAGAGGAAGAAAAAUGGAAAUGUAAAGUAAUGAAGGAACACGGUGAGGCUCUGAACAGAACCAUAGAUGUCAUUUCAGACACAAUCAGAGCCACAGAGGAGCUGCUGAAGGCUGCAGACCUCUCUUUCCUGCAGAACCACAAGGACGCCUCAACACGAGUGAAACACUGCACCCUGCUGGAUGACCUGCAGACACCAUCAGGAGUUCUGAUAGAGGAGGCCAAACAUCUGGGCAACCUCAGCUACAACAUCUGGACCAAGCUGAAAAAGACAGUCUCCUAUACUCCCAUCGUCCUGGACCCCAAAACGGCUCAUCCUGAACUCAUCCUGUCUGCAGAUCUGACCAGCGUCACGUUCGGAGCGAGACAGAAGCUUCCAGAGAACCCAGAGAGGUUUGACCAGCAUCACUGCGUCCUGGGCUCCGAGGGUUUCAGCUCGGGGACUCACAGCUGGGAUGUAGACGUCAGAAAUGAUCAGAACUGGGGUGUGGGUGUGCUGAGGGAGUCUGUUCAGAGGAAGGGAGAAAUUCGAGGUGGAUUCUGGGGAAUAUGUCUAUUCAACGGAAACUUCAUGGCGGUCUCCCAUCCACUCCCAAACCAAGAUCUCCCAGUGAAGAAAUUAAGGCGGAUCCGAGUCCAGCUGGACUGGGAUGGAGGGACGCUCUCGUUCUUUGACUUGGACGCCGACAAACACCUCCACACCUUCAUCCACUCCUUCACAGAGAAGAUGUUUCCUUUUAUUGGGACUAACAACAAAUUACCAGUGAGAAUAUUACCAGUACUAAGCUGGGUGUAACACCAGGACAUCAGCUGGGAUCAGGGGCAGAUUUAGGAAAUUUGGGGCCCCAUGGACAUUCUACAGAUAGAGAAAUGU